UGUAAACAUUCCAACUGUUUUCAAUAAAACACCUUAUUCAAAGCAUGAUACUGAUAUGUGAUUAAAAUGUGUUUGGUCAUCGGUCCAACUGGUGUUGGAAAGACUCUACUUUUAAAAAGACUUCAGAAUUUUCAUAGUGUUAAAGAAAUUGAUAAACUUGGAGAGAUCCCAUCUACUAUUCCUACAGUAGGUACAAAUCUGGUGAAUGUUCCUAUUGGUAAGAAACAAGAGACAGUUAUAAGAGAGGUUGGAGGUUGUAUGUGUCCUAUAUGGAACAGUUAUCUUAAAGAUUUAACAGCAUUGAUUUUUGUGAUAGACAUAUCUAAUACAUUGCAAAUAGCAGCCUCAUGUAUACAAUUCCUGACAGUGCUUAAUAACACUGCUGUUCAGAAUACUCCGAUAUUGCUUUUACUGAAUAAAAGUGAUCAGCCAUUAGCUUUAUCAAGAUUUGAAGUGGAAUCUCUGAUUAGAAUAGACGAUAUUAGACAGAAUACAAAACAUCAAAUUAGUAUCUUAGAAAUUAGUGCCUUUAAUGGUAAAGGAUUGACAGAAGUAAUAGAAUGGGUUCACCAGGCAUCACCUAAGAGUUGAUGAUACUUUUUCUUAGGAGGAAACUUUUAUAUUGUGACUAGAAAAAUGUUAAUGAAAUUAUGAACUCAUAUUCAAAAACCUUGUUUCACGGGUUAAUACAAAAUAGUAUUUAAAGUAUCUACAUUUGAUUUUAUGUAUCAAAGUUUUUUAUAUGUAGUUCUCUUCAAAACUUAUGUUGUAAUUUUCAAUUUUUUUGUGAACCUUUUUUAGGUUAACUCAGAAAAAGACAAUACCAGUAUUUCAAAGUUUUAUUUGGGCAUUUGAAAUAUAACUCCUCCAUUCAUAGAGUCAUUAGUACACUAUAUUGUACUUGUCUGUCUAUUUGUUAUAAUACAGUUUUUGUUUGGACAAAUAGUCUUUUAUCUUAUGACAGAUUUACACAUUUUUAUGAUAUGUUAGUAUGAUAUGAACAUGGCUACACCAUUGGAAAUGUUGAUACACACCAUUAGGAGUUAUUGUCACAGAUAUUACUUUUAGGUAUAAUUUUUGUAAUAUUUAAGAAAACAAAUUAAUAGAUUAAAUGAAUCUAAUACUAAUUUAUCAUGAGAGCAAAACAUGUGCCUACUUUCAAUGCAAUCUGCAGUGAAGUUAAAAAAAGUUUUAGUGACAUACAUAUCCUUUUUUCUAUAUCUUUCAUUUCUAGGACUGGUUGUACACAAGAGAUGUGUGGAAUCUUGACUUUCCCUGCAUAUGCACAACAUUCUAAGAAAAUGAUGAUUAUUCAUUCUAAUCCUACUAGAAUUUUCCACUGAAAUGGCCAACUAUUGGUUAGAAUAUGCACAUUUCAUGUGUGAUGAGUAUUUUAAGUGCCUUUAAUCUGAACUCAGAAUCAUUCUCGUCCUAAAUAUCCAUGAAAUAUUUGACACUGGACAUUAAACAAAAAAUUUUGCGGUUGUAUAUUGGUAUAUUGGUAUCUUGUCGUCGUCAGCGUCGUCCGAAGACAGUUGGUUUCCGGACAAUAA